GUGAAGGACAGUCACGAGAGUAAAGAAUCUGUUCGUGACCGUUCGUGUCACGUUUAUGCAGGUGAUCCCGUGCAAAGCGGUCACCUUCGACGACUGGAAUGACAAAGAAACCAGAGGUUGUAUUUUUGUAUGGUCCUCCCUUUUCGGGAAAAGCUUUGUUCUUUAAACAUCACUUCUCCAAAACACACAAGAAAAUUAACCCAGCAGAAUUGUUUGAAGCUAAUCCCUUUCUGAGCCUCAGAGCAGUGAUUCUGAAGGUUGUCAAUACACUCAAUCAGGGCCAAAGUGUAGUUGUGGAUGAUAAAAACAGCAGUGAGAAAAACAGGAAAUCAUACAUGGCCAUUAUAAGAAAAAAGGUUGGGCAGUGUGACAUCAGAAUGAUCAAUUUCCAUGUUGCACCUUCUUCUGGCCCUUUUAUUUGUCAAUGGGCCAGAGAAUGGGAACUGGUUCAUCAGUUUGAACUUCCAUCAAUAAAACUCUCUGAAAGGGGAGUUGAACAAUGGUUUCAGAACACUACUGAACCACCAAGUGAAGAAGAAGGGUUCAACAUGAUAAACAAGGUUGAUGUUCAAUUGAUAUGUGACACACCUUAUAAAUUUGUGGUUCCAGCUCUAUUUUUCCAAUGGGAGGGGUUGUUUCAGUGUCAAGAAGACCAAACAGGCUUCCACAAAGCAGUAGCUAAUGUUGUGAAAAAGUGGAGGCAUAACAACUUGUGUGGAAGAGUUAUUAUACUCAAACUUGGUGAAGAGCAAACUUCUGAAGGAAAGAAAACCUGUGAAUGGCCUAACAAAAUGAAGCAGUUAAUUGGUGAAUUAGUGAUACAGGUCAAUGUGCCCAUCUUCUUGGUGCAUUGGUGUUCAUAUUUGUGGCAGUUUAGCCGACCUCCCAAUCCAGGUCUGUUUGCCUGGCUUCAGAGACUUCACGACAUUGAUUUGUCAAACAAGGCAACAUUCUACAUCCAUUCUAGUGACGAUCAUUCAAAGGCUGCUGCUGCAGCAGGAGUGAAGUGUAUCAAGGCAAAUAAACUUCUCCAAAAUCCAUCAAUGAUAGAUACAGUACAUUGUAGGGUAGCGGCACGGGUUCCUGAGUGCGUUAGUAAGGCAAGGCUGCUAUGGUUUGGCUCCCGGGAUAGACCUGAAGCUUGUAUUCCUCUUUUUCAAGAGGCUGUCACCUCCCAUGACCGCACCAGUGAAAAUAGAGAGUCAUCACAUUGUAUCACAGUCACAAAUAAAUCCUAUACUCAUGGAGUAUGUUUUCAAGAUUUUGUCUCUCUUGAAAGAUUCAACUUACAGUACCAACAAGCUGCAAUACCGACAGAACCUGUGUCUGGUGAUAUAUUUAACUAUAAAGGGUGUCCUGUUGAAGUGAGUACACUUACUACAGAAAAACAACGAGGUGAUGAAAACACUAUGUGUUUCUCUGGUUCACCUGGAGCAGCUGUAGUACUUCACGAAUCCCCUGUGCGCAGUAAAUUCGAUGAAAGAAAACCUCCUGACACCAUUUGCCCGACUGUUGUAGUUGGAAGCUUAACCACUGAGAAGAUUGAGAGUCAUGCCUUCAGUCCAGGCCAUUUCAGACGUGGCAAAGGUUGUACCAGCCUUAUCCGAAAUGUUAUGAGCAAAACGAUGGAAGAUGGUGUGCAUUUCAGUGCGAAAUGUAUUGGGUCACAAGAUCAGCUUUAUGAUGUCUCUGUCGUUCUUAAUGAAAAAGAUCUUGUGCGAGCUAGUUGUACUUGUGCUGAUCCGGCCAGUAAGCAAGGGAGAUGUAAACAUGGAGUUGCUUUAUUACUUCGGUGCAAGAAAGAGAAAAACAUUAAUGCCACUGACGAUCGGUGCCCACCAAGCAUUGUAGAUGACGUAACGAUGAGAUCAGCAAAGUCCGCGUCAACUUGUGAAGAUCCAGUGAAAAGGACUAAAUCUGAAGAUACACUCUCAGCUAAACGUUGCAAAAGACUUAAAGAGAAAAAGAAAUUGGAAACCACGAUGUAUUUUUUAAGCGCAGAAGAACUACUUCAAACAGCACAGGAAAUUUUGCAUGAGAAUAGUCACCUCAAAAAACCGGAGAAAACUGAGUGCAGCAGACGACAGUCAAGAGAAUGCACAAGUGAGCAACGCAAUUCUAAACUGAGUUCACAUGAAGGGGACCAACCUUAUCAAGGGAUUUCUCGCAGAGAAAACCUUAAUUCUUCCGUAAGCAGUGAUAGUUUCAUCAAUAAAACUACUUUGAAGGAAAGAUACGAGGACGUUCAGUCUGGCUGUGCAGAUAAUGGGCUUAAAAAAAAGAUAAUUCCUGAAUCAGUUAUUAUGGGCACGUUGGAAUCGCAGUCAAAGGAAACUAGUUCAGAUGUUACUGAACCACCAAUACGAACCAAGGCCUGUGGUCUUAAAAAGGGAAAAGCUCAGAACGCCAGUACCCAUAGGAAGAAGGAAUCACAAACGAGAACGUCUAUAUUAGAUGAGUUUAUUUAAGAAAUGAUUAACUUAUACUGAAUUUUAACUCACUCAUCACUUAAAGGAGGACAAAGUGAAACGUCUUUUGUCGAGUUUGCUUAAGUUUAAUUCUUUGUUAAGUCGAUGCUUACAGAAAUUAUUCCCUGGUAAGCUUUUACCUAAACUAAACGAGAUCAAAAUAUUACAAAAUUGUGAUGUAAAGAGCGACGACAAGCAUUCUUGAACAGGAAAUCUCUUGCUUCCCCAAAAGAAUUGAUCUUCAAGCAUAACAAACUGAACUUAGCAGAAUAAAGCUGGACAGGUAGAAUCCUGUGCCAGUUAUUCUCCUAUACUUCGAAUUAACUUUGGUAACAGAAGGUACGAGUGGUACCCAUGUUUUACUUUUUGUAUUUAGAGGAAAAUUGAAGUCGUGGUUUAGUAUGAAACAUUAAAAGACAAAAUGCCAAUUUCUUUGCGAAA